AUGGGUAACUGCACAAGUAGGAAAGUACGAGUUGCUAAAGUUACCACCCAUACAAGUGCCGAAGCAUCACGCUCUUGUGAAACCAUUGGGACAGAAUCAGCUCAGAGCAACCACAGCAAGAACCAGCAGGUGGACCAUGAAAAUCCUGUUGCAUUUUACACUGAGCAGCCUUGUCCUUUGAUUGUGAAUAGCUUGGGUAAAUUGGUAGAUAAUCACCAGUCUCACCUCUUAGAAACAACAGAAGGGUUGUCUAGCAAAUUGAAGAAAGUCCCACAAUCACUCACAGCACCAUUCAAAGGAUUAGAGAAGAGAGAGAAUGUGGUUUUAGGAUCAAAUAAUUUAGGGUCAUCAUGUUCCACAGCUGACCUUGGAAACUCAGUUCUUGGAAAAAGUGGAGACAAAUCGAAUAGAAUGAAGGAUAGUGGUGCAAACUUGUCUUCCAAACACACUGAUCAUGACAAUCAGACAAAUCAACACACUUCAGAUGGCUGCAAGAAUAUGGAAGGCAAGUCUGUAAAGGCUAAAAAAACUGUGGUUGAUGCACAUAAAAACACGUUUUGGACAGUGGACUCACUGAGAAAUGAUAAGGACAAGUCUGAAGCACAUGGUGAUAGUAACAGGGAUAUCUUAAAUGGCUUCACACCAGGAGGAGACAAGGAAGAGGUCACACUCCAGCUGGAUCAUAGGGCUAGCAAUGAGUUGCUGCCAAGAAGCAUGGCCACCAAUGUACCACAGCUGCCCACUCUGCAAAACGAUGUUGUGGACACAGUCAUGCCAUAUUCACCCAAUGAUGGUUGUGAGGAAUUAUUUUCCUGCCCUGGCAUAAAAAACAUCUCAAGUGUCCGAGAAAGAAGUGUAGAUUCCAUUAAUAUUUCAAGCAGUUCUCAUGAUACCAUAGAAGCAUCUGAAAGCAGUGAAAGAUUCAGGGAAUGCCAAAAGGCUAGCUCCUGUCGUCGCCGGAAAACUGUGAAGAUGGCUAUGGCGUCCUCAUCAUCUGAGGAGUCAGGAGAAGACACUGUGUCUGAAAACGAAUCUUUGGAGUAUGUUUUGGCAUGUAGAAGUUAUCUAUCUAAAGCACAAAAGAAGAGAGUAAUGAAGCUUAUUCAGGAAAUUCAACCUGAAUUCACAAUUUUUAUAUCAAUAAUGCGGAGGAACAAUGUGCAACCCCCGGGUCCUUUUCUGGGAAUUACCAAGGAAUAUGCAAUUGCACAUUUCCCAGAUAAAACCACAAAUGUCACUCUUGAGACGCCUGGCAAGAGCAAGAAGUGGCAUCCCAAAUUCUACAAAAGAGAUGAAAGUAGAAAGAACAUGCUUAUGGGACGGUGGUUAGACUUUGUCCGUGACAAUCAUGUGCAGGAGGGAGAUAUCUGCCUCCUUUUACCGACAAAAGAUGAGAUAAGAUACACAUUUAUGAUCUAUGUUCUCCAUGAAACAACUCAUUCUGGAGGUGGGGCUGGCUUUCAAAGGAUUGGCCCAUGCCCUGGUUCAUCUAGUGCAAAGAUGGCUUUAGAAAUCCAUACUGAGGAGGAACCAACCGCUGGAGAACAUGUUUCCUCGGAAAGUGAUAUGCAAGAAAUUUCUCAUGAACCUCUGGAGAGCGGAGACUCUGAUGAUCCAUUUGAACCUCCAUACUUUGUACCAUGCAGGAAUCCUCUAUCUAGAUCCCAAAAGAGAAUUCUUGAGGAGCGAGUGCGAGCUAUCCGAUCUGAAGUUCCCAUUUGUGUGGCAGUAAUGAAGAACAACAACAUUGGUGUCGCUCAGCGUUGGAUGCUAGAAUUAUGUUCACGAUUUGCUUCGGUAUAUCUCCCAACUAUGGGUCAAACCAUAUUGCUCCAGUGCGAGGGGAAGACAUGGGAAGCCAAAAUGAUGUUUCAUAAUGGUAGAAGGUGGUUUCUUAAUGGAGGUUGGCCUAAUUUUGCUCGUGGCAAUGACCUGCGCGUAGGCGACAUGUGUCUAUUCGAACUGAAGACGAAAGAGAGUAAGCUUACCAUGGCAGUCCAUAUCAUUCGCAAGGAGCAGUUUUAG